CGCCACCCUAGCGGCGUACUGCUAGCAUCAAGUGUGGAAGUGAAUUAGCAGCACAAAUCCGACGUGAAAAGAAAAUAUCACACACCCUUAGGAGUUUAGCGCACACCUUCAGCUGAGCCAACAUGCCUCCAAAGAAGCCGGCUCCUGCCGCGGGGAAUAAAAAAACGCAAGAGAAGAAAAAGGAAAAGAUUAUUGAGGACAAAACAUUUGGCUUGAAGAACAAGAAAGGAGCCAAACAGCAGAAGUUCAUCAAGAAUGUCACACAACAAGUCAAAUUUGGACAGCAAAAUGCCCGACAGAUGGCCCAGGUGGAGGCGGAGAAGACCAACAAAAAGGCCGACAAGAAGAAAGAGUUGGAUGAGCUCAAUGAGCUCUUCAAGCCUGUCGUCGCCGCCCAGAAAGUCAGCAAAGGCGUGGAUCCGAAGUCGGUGCUGUGUGCCUUCUACAAGCAGGGCCAGUGCACCAAAGGAGACAAGUGCAAGUUCAGCCAUGACUUGUCCAUGGAGAGGAAGUGUGAGAAGAGGAGCGUCUAUGUGGACGAGAGGGACGAAGAACUGGAAAAAGACACCAUGGAAAACUGGGAUGAGAAGAAGCUGGAAGAGGUGGUCAACAAAAAGCACGGCGAGGCUGAGAAGAAGAAGGCCAAAACUCAGAUUGUGUGCAAAUUCUUCCUGGAGGCCAUUGAGAACAACAAAUAUGGCUGGUUCUGGGUGUGCCCAGCAGGGGGCGACAACUGCAUGUAUCGCCAUGCCUUGCCACCCGGCUUUGUGCUGAAAAAAGACAAGAAGAAGGAGGAGAGAGAGGAGGAGAUCUCCAUGGAGGAGCUGAUAGAAAGCGAGCGUGCAGCACUGGGUCCCAGCGUGACGCGCAUCACUCUGGAGACGUUCCUGGCGUGGAAGAAGAGGAAAAGGCAGGAGAAGGUGGCCAAAGCGAGGGAGGAGAUGGAGAAGAAGAAGGCUGACUUCAAGGCCGGGAAGUCGCUGGUGGUCAGCGGUCGCGAGGUGUUCGAGUUCCGUCCCGAACUGGUGGACGAUGACGACGACGAGGCAGACGACACCCAAUACGCUAACGAGGAUGACGAUGAUGAUUAUCAGGCAGAGACUGACACCGCACAGGUCCAGGACAUAGACCUAUCCCGCUUCAUUCCUCAAGAAGUGGAUGACACGGGAAUAACAGUCGCAGCUGUGGAUCGCUUCACCUCCAGGAGUAAGACUCAGCUGACGGGUCAGGACAAGGAACAGUUAAACGGCGCCUGUGGCGGCGCAGAAGCCAACGGACCUUCGGGGGCUGAGGGAGGCGGUGAGUCCGGAGGAGGGGAGGAGGAGGAGGUGCCGGUGGAUGAGAACUUAUUCACUGGAGAAGAUCUGGAGGAUCUGGAUGAGGAGCUGAACACACUGGCACUGAACGACUGAGCGGGACAAAGUGUGCAGGAAGACGAAGGACUGAUGGAUGCAUGGACACUUGAAGAGACUGUAAUAAAGCCUGAUCAUAUCGUCUCAUGACUGCCUGACUCCGCCUCGUCUUCAGUGUAUCCCCGCUGUGUUCACUGUGGAGCAUGAUGUGCGGCUGGGCGGGCUCGCCACCUCCUGGUAAAGAAGUUCUUCUGGACUUCUGGCCCGCAAAUGAACAGCGCUGAUUCUGUUCUAAGAAACUCAGCCUGUUCUUACCAAAAUGAAAAGGUUCCUCAGAUCUUUCUCUUGUAUUUAACCUCUCGUUCACGUACUUUCAAAUCUUUGAAUGUUGACUUUGAACAAAAGGGAGACUUCAGUCAUGCGUGCCUGUGGACAGGUCAUGUGAUUAUAAAUGAUGUUCAUUCAUGUCAUUCAACAGGAAUAAAAUACUGUGCAUCCAA